AUGGCCAGUCUCGUAGGCCUUCUUGCCAGUGCUUGGCUCCUCCCGUCGACCUACGGAGCGGCGGUUCACUCGUUUGCUCCUAGUACGACGGCAACCGCAGCUUACUCGCAGCAUACUUUGCCUUCGUCCAUUGACAAUGGGGCUCAGUUGAUUGCCAAUAUCGAUGACCCCUUGGCAGUGAAUGCGCAGUCCGUUUGUCCAGGCUAUAAGGCCUCGGAUGUGCAACAGACAUCACGGGGUUUCACCGCCAGCCUGCAGCUUGCGGGCGAGCCGUGCAAUGCCUAUGGGAUUGACGUUGACUCGCUGAGUCUCUCGGUGGAAGUUCUGGCGAAGGAUCGCUUGAAUAUCCAGAUUGUCCCUACCCAUGUGGAUAGCUCUAAUGCCUCUUGGUACAUUCUUCCAGAGGACCGGGUACCCAAAGCGCAAGCAUCUGCCGACGCCUCCGUCUCUCAAAGUGACUUCGAGAUCGAGUGGUCCAAUGACCCCUCGUUCAAUAUCAAGAUCAUCCGGAAGGCAACUGGGGAUGCCCUGUUUGACACAGCCGAUUCGGUCUUGGUCUUUCAGAAUCAGUUCAUCGAGUUUGUGUCUGCUUUGCCUGAGGGUUAUAAUCUUUAUGGAUUGGGGGAGCGGAUGGCCCAGCUGCGGCUUCUGAGAAACGCUACCCUGACCACCUACGCGGCAGAUGUCGGAGACCCGAUUGAUGACAACAUCUAUGGACAGCAUCCUUUCUACCUCGACACGAGAUACUAUACCAAAGAUGCCAACGGCUCAUAUUCUCUUGUGAACACCGAUGAUGCCGAUGCGUCUGGAGAUUAUGAGUCCUUCUCCCACGGCGUGUUCCUGAGAAAUGCACAUGGACAGGAGGUUAUUCUGCAGUCUCGCAACAUUACAUGGCGGACAAUCGGUGGAAGCAUCGAUUUGACCUUCUACUCAGGUCCCACUCAGGCAGAUGUCACCAAGAGCUACCAGCUCACCACGAUUGGCUUGCCUGCGAUGCAACAGUACAGCGCCCUUGGUUUCCAUCAAUGCCGCUGGGGUUACCGCAGCUGGUCUGAACUCGAGGAAGUCGUAAACACCUUUGAACAGUUUGAGAUUCCCCUCGAAUAUAUCUGGACCGACAUUGACUACAUGCGUGGUUACCGCGAUUUCGAUAAUGACCAAGUCCAUUUCCCCUACGAUGAAGGCGAGGAGUUCCUCGACAGACUUCACAAAUCAGGGCGUCACUGGGUCCCCAUCGUCGACUCCGCCAUCUACAUCCCUAACCCUGACAAUGCGUCUGACGCGUACGACACCUAUGCUAGAGGAGCCAAGGAUGAUGUUUUCAUCAAGAACCCUGAUGGCAGCCUUUAUAUCGGAGCUGUAUGGCCCGGAUUCACAGUCUUCCCUGAUUGGCACAACCCCAAAGCAGCGGAAUGGUGGAGCAACGAGCUUGUCACUUGGUUCGAGAAAGUGCAGUAUGAUGGCAUUUGGAUUGACAUGAGCGAAGUCUCCUCUUUCUGCGUUGGUAGCUGCGGGACAGGAAAUCUGCACCUGAACCCCGCCCACCCACCAUUUCAACUUCCUGGCGAGCCGGGUAACAUUGAGUAUACCUAUCCCGAGGCCUUCAAUGUGACCAACUCCACUGAAGCUGCUUCUGCCUCUGCUGCCUCCGCCAGCCAGUCCUCUGCAGCUGCUGCGACCCAAACCGACGUCAGCUCGACCACGACCUCGUACUUGCGGACGACACCCACUCCUGGUGUCCGUGAUAUCAACUAUCCCCCUUACGUGAUCAACCAUGUUCAAUCUGGCCAUGAUCUCGCUGUCCAUGCCAUCUCUCCCAACGCCACCCACGUGGAUGGUGUUCAGGAGUACGAUGUGCACAGUCUGUGGGGUCAUCAGAUCCUCAACGCCACUUAUCAGGGAUUGCUCGAGGUCUUCACUGAGAAGCGACCUUUCAUCAUCGGCCGAUCCACCUUUGCCGGCUCAGGGAAAUGGGCCGGUCACUGGGGCGGUGAUAACAACUCUAGAUGGGGCUCUAUGUUCCACUCCAUUUCGCAGGCUCUGUCGUUCUCUCUCUUUGGCAUUCCCAUGUUUGGUGUUGAUACUUGUGGCUUCAAUGGCAACACCGACGAGGAACUCUGCAACCGAUGGAUGCAGCUAUCGGCCUUCUUCCCAUUCUACCGAAACCACAACACUCUCGCGGCUCUUUCGCAGGAGCCCUACCGGUGGGCCUCCGUCACUGAAGCAGCCAAGACUGCCAUGAGCAUUCGAUAUGCCCUCCUGCCAUACUUCUACACUCUGUUCCACCAGGCGCACACCACCGGUUCCACCGUCAUGCGCGCCCUCGCAUGGGAGUUCCCGAACGAUCCCUCCCUUGCCGCCGUCGACACCCAGUUCAUGGUCGGACCAUCCAUUCUGGUCACGCCCGUCCUCGAGCCUCUUGCCAAAACAGUCAAGGGCGUCUUCCCCGGCGUCGGCAAGGGUCAGGUCUGGUAUGACUGGUACACCCAGGCCGCUGUCGACGCCAAGCCCGGCGUCAACACCACCAUCCCGGCCCCGCUGGGCCACAUCCCCGUCUAUGUCCGCGGCGGCAGCAUCCUGCCCAUGCAGGAGCCCGCUCUUACCACCCGCGACGCCCGCAAGACCCCCUGGUCGCUGCUUGCCGCUCUGGACGGUAACCAGACCGCCUCCGGCCAGCUGUACCUCGACGACGGGAGCAGCGUCAACCCGUCUUCGACCCUCAACGUGGAGUUCGCGGCUACCCACUCGAGCAUCAAGGUCUCGGCCAAGGGUGAUUGGCGCGAGAAGAAUAGUCUGGAUAGCGUGACUGUUCUCGGUGUCGCCAAGGAGCCUGCCCGCGUCACCUUCAACCGCCGCAGGGUCCCCCCCGAGUCGGUGGAGUAUAAUGCGACCUCCCAGGUUUUGACCGUGAGCGGACUGCAGAAGCUGACGCCCCGCGGGGCUUGGGCUGAGGAUUGGAUUCUGAAGUGGUAA